AUGGAUGCAUUGGCAAGGUAUUUUUUGCAAAGCACUGCAAGAUUGCAGCCAAUGGUGACGGUUGGCUGUGCAAUAAGCUCAUCGUAUGCUCUAUGUGAGAAUGGAAUCGAUGCAACCCUGUCGGAUCUGUUACUUCCUGGGCUUCUUAUGUUUUUUGGGCCGGGCUUGUGUGCAAAUGUUGUUUACAAGGAGGCAAAGAUAACACGAGCAGGGCUUGUAUCAUACUUCAUUGGAGUUGCAAUAUUCUCGAUGUUUUCCAGAAUGAAGAUCCUGAAGCCAGCAACAGCGAUCUUUCCAGUUAUAGGCAAAGGCCUGAUGUUUGUUGGGCUGAAGAACAACAGGCACCCGUUUCAUCUUGUUGUUGGAUGGCUACUUGCAAUAGAGAUAUCCGUGGCUUUGAUUCAGAAGAUGCUGUUCAACAAGAAAAUGAGGAUUUCAGGUGACAAGAUGGGCGAGACAUUUUUUCUGAUUGCAGGGCUUGGAGUUGGAAGGCUCUACCGUCUCCCGAACUACACAAUGAUGCUUAUGGUUGUUCUUAUUUCCAUUGGCCCGCUCAUGCAGACACUCGUGUCGUUUGUACUGAGCAACCACAAAAAACCAUCAAAACCUCCAGGCAGUCAAUCUUCCAGUCUGCACAAUGCACACCCUAAGGUCAAGGUUGCCAGGAGGAAGGCCGCAUCAAAGCCCAAGAACAUUUAG